UCCUCUUUUCACUUCCCGACAUCACCGAUUUCCUGAAAUGAAUUCCCUCGAAAUCUCUUCAUUCCUCCAUCAUCAAAAUUCCAUUAUCAUCUCCACAAUUUCAAAUUGCAAUUCAACCAAUCUACGCAAUCCAUCUCAAUUUAUUUAUUUAUACAUCAAUCAAUCAUGCGAGGCCAAGAUUGGAUCAACACGUGUCUCCCGGACGAGCUAGUAAUUGAGAUCUUCAAACACCUAGACUCGAAGGCCAGCCGCGAUGCCUGCUCUCUCGUAUGCAGACGGUGGCUAUCUCUUGAGCGGCUCACCAGGACCACUCUCCGCAUAGGCGCGUCACGUAACCCCGACUUAUUUAUUAAGCUACUCGCUCUCCGUUUCCACAAUGUCAAAACCAUUCACGUUGAUGAGCGGCUUUCCAUUUCUAACCCUUCCCCUUUUGGAAGAAUAAGGGUCAAUGAACAUUCUGCGAGGAUUCGUAAGCUACAUUCCGAGAGACAUGACGUUCAGAUUGAAUCGUUGUCUGAUGCUGGAUUGAGUGCUAUUGGGGAUGGAUUCCCUAAGCUUGAAAAUCUGAGCUUAAUCUGGUGCUCUGCUGUUUCUAAUGCGGGUUUAACGUCUUUUGCUCACAGAUGCAGUUUCUUGACAUCUUUGGACUUACAAGGUUGCUAUAUUGGAGAUGUUGGUUUGGCAGAUGUUGGCAAGUGCUGUAAGCACCUUGAAGAUUUGAACUUGCGUUUUUGUGAAAGCUUGACUGAUACAGGCUUGGUUAAAUUAGCCCAAGGGUGCGGAAAAUCACUGAAGUCUCUUGGUGUUGCUGCAUGUAUAAAGAUUACGGACAUAUCAUUGGCAGCUGUUGGAUCAUAUUGCAAAUCUCUGGAAACUUUGUUGCUAGAUUCAGAAUCUAUCCAUACUGGCGGCGUGCUUUCUGUAGCUCAAGGAUGCCCUUCUUUGAAAGUGUUGAAGCUACAGUGUACUAAUGUUACAGACGAGGCCUUGAUCGCUGUGGGAACUUGUUGUUCGUCAUUAGAGUUGUUGGCUUUGUGCAGCUUCCAGCGAUUCACUGACAAGGGCUUGCGUUCCAUUGGAGAAGGGUGCAAAAAAUUGAAAAAUCUUACUCUAAGCGAUUGCUAUUUUCUGAGUGACAAGGCUUUAGAAGCAAUCGCCACUGGUUGCAGGGAACUGACACAUCUUGAAGUUAAUGGCUGCCACAGUAUUGGAACACUUGGGUUGGGGGCCAUAGGAAGAUCUUGCCACAGACGCAUGACUGAGUUGGCUUUGUUAUACUGCCAAAAGAUUGGUAAUCAUGCUCUUGCCGAAAUUGGAAAGGGAUGCAAGUUCUUACAGGCUCUUCAUCUGGUAGAUUGCUCUAGUAUUGGUGACGAAGCCAUUUGCAGUAUAGCUGAAGGCUGUAGGAACUUGAAGAAACUUCAUAUCCGUCGGUGUUACGAGAUUGGGGACAAAGGAAUCGUAGCAAUUGGUGAGCAUUGCAAGUCUCUUGUGGAUCUUAGCCUUCGAUUUUGUGAUAGGGUGGGGGAUGAGGCCCUUAUUGCCAUAGGUCAAGGUUGCUCCUUGCAACAUCUGAAUGUUAGUGGUUGUCACCUAAUCGGUGAUGCGGGAAUUAUAGCCAUUGCAAGAGGGUGUCCUCAACUCAGCUUCCUAGAUGUAAGCGUGCUUCAGAACUUGGGAGAUAUGGCAAUGGCUGAAUUAGGAGAAGGUUGUCCAUUGCUUAAAGAGGUAGUACUGUCACACUGCCGACAAAUAACCGAUGUUGGUUUAGGGCGUCUCGUUAAAAAUUGCAGCAUACUCGAGUCCUGCCAUGUGGUUUACUGUCCAGGAAUAACUUCAGCAGGAAUCGCUACAGUCGUGUCUAGUUGUCCCAACAUAAAGAAGGUUCUUGUAGAGAAGUGGAAGGUUAGUGAAAGGACAAAAAGAAGAGCAGGCUCUGCCAUUUCUUACCUGUGUGUCGAUCUCUAGAUUCCAUAUUGCUUGGAGUUCAGAUUCCAUAUGUAUAGCCAAGAAUUUAUUCGAUGGCCUUGUAACAUGUUCUUUAGGGUUUUUUGGGUAUAUUUUGAAUUGCUUUGCUUUAUAGACGCAUUUUUCUUGGUUCUUUUUUAGUUUUAGAUUGUAAUAAAGGGGCAAUACCAAUGUGUUAAAAGAAAGGGAAUGUUUCAUAAA